UGGACGCCGGAUUCAUGGACGGAUUACCACUAAACAAUGCUUUGGCAGCGGUUACGGCCCUGGUGUUCUCUUUCAUUGGCAUUCUCUGGCUUUCGUUGAAGAUCCUCUCUUUCUGGAGGUUGAUCGCUUCGCUGUUCAUUCUGCCCGGCACUUCGCUCUCCAGAUUCGGCAAAAAGGGAACAUGGGCGGUGGUCACAGGAGCCUCAGACGGCAUUGGAAAAGAGUACGCCCAACAGCUCGCAGGAAAAGGCUACAACAUCCUCCUCGUUUCCCGCACGAAGUCAAAGCUCGAUACGCUCGCCUCGGAGAUUCAAGCAAAAUACAAGGUGGAGACCAAGGUGCUCGCGAUGGACUUCGCAGCGGACAAGGACACGGACUACGCUUCGUUGAAAGAGCUCGUGAAUGGACUGGAUGUGUCGAUCUUGAUCAACAAUGUCGGACAGAGCCACAACAUUCCUGUCCCGUUCAAUGAGACACCAGAGAAGGAACUUCGGGACAUCAUCACGAUCAACUGCAUGGGUACACUUCGCGUCACGCAGCUGGUCACUCCAGGCAUGAUCAAGCGUAAGCGUGGUCUGAUCCUGACGAUGGCCUCCUUCGGCGGAAUCAUGCCCACUCCUCUCCUGGCCACGUACAGUGGCAGUAAAGCUUUCCUGCAGCAGUGGUCAUCCGCGUUGAGCUCCGAAUUGGCAUCCUCCAACAUCAAGGUUCAGCUGGUACAGUCCUACCUCGUCACGUCCGCCAUGAGCAAGAUCAAGCGCCCAUCGCUUCUGAUCCCAACACCGAAGAAGUUUGUUCGCGCUGCGCUGUCAAGCAUUGGGAGACAUGGUGGUGCACAGGGUGUUCCGGCUACGUGCACGCCUUAUUGGUCGCAUGCGAUCAUGCAAUGGGCGAUCUCGACGUUUGUGGGGACGCAGAGCGGGAUUGUGUUGUGGAUCAAUAAGUCGAUGCAUCAAGGCAUUCGCAAGAGAGCGUUGAGGAAGGCGGAGAGGGAUGCAAAGAAGGCUUGA